UAACACAAAACAGAAACGGUGAUUGGCAUAUCACCAAGGUGACAGAUUGAAUACUAAAAAAUCUCUGUUCAGUAUUCUGCACUGUGCAUAGUUUUAACGUAGUAUCGUACUUGGAGUGACUUCAAGCAAUUUUCACACUAAAAAGGCAAUAACCCUAUAACCGCACCAUGGCUCUCCACUUUGUCCUGCGUUCGUCGUGUCGUAAUUCUGCACCGAUUUUCAACACAAUCAUCAACAGCGGAAAACUGCCGAUGGUAAGCCGUUCGCUAACUUCCACCGUGCCGAAAUCUUUUCUGGGUACACCGAAGGCAGUAACCACCCUGAUCGGCGGACCGGUUAGACAAUUCACGGCCACUGCAGUACGGCGUUCGGCCACCGGUAACCACGUCACCGUGUGGAGUGCUGAACGGGCCCUGGCCCUAGGCAUGCUGGGUAUUAUUCCGGUUGGAUUGAUGUUCCCAUCGCAGGCCGGAGACGCUAUCAUGGCAGUCUCCAUGGUGAUGCAUUUCCAUUGGGGUCUUGAAGCCAUCGUUGUCGAUUAUGUUCGUCCAAUUCUGUUCGGAAAUGUGAUACCGAAGUUGGCCCAAGGAAUGUUGCUGGUGGUAUCGGUUGCCACCCUCGGUGGGUUGUUCUAUUUCAUCCACAACGACAUUGGCAUCGCCAACAGUAUUCGAAAGAUAUGGGCUACCAAACCGAAGGCUUAAGCAGCAGGCGGGAUCAGUUCGGAUCGAGUGAACAGGACGUGAUGAGAUCGCAAAAUUUGCAUAACAAAAAGCUAUUUCUUAUUUAAAUAUAGAGUUAAACCGGAACACAUAAA